AUGGUGCCCAGAGAAUCGAUUCUGUUUACAGGGAUAAUCCAGUUACUCCUGCAUUUCCAAUGGACAUGGGUUGGCCUUAUUGUUUCUGAUGAUGAUGAUGGAGAAAACUUUGUGCAGAACCUGACACUUCUGCUGGCCCAGAAUAACAUAUGUAUCGCCUUCCUGAAAAGAGAUACAGCAAACAACUAUCUUUUUGCCAGUUAUUCAACUGAAAAUACUAGAAAGUUAAUAAUAACACUUUACUCAACAGAUACCAGUGUAAUUAUUCUCAGCAUGGGCUCUCAAUUAAUCAAUAUAUUAACAAUCUUCUUAGAAGAAAUUGAAUUCUUGUUUAAAGAACAUUUAGGAAAAAUUUGGAUCAUGCCAGUCCAAUGGUAUUUCAGUACCACACCCAAAAGGGAAUUAAGUGGCAGGAACAUUUUCCAUGGUUCCUUCUCUUUCUCAGUUCAAAUAAAUCCAGUGCCAGGAUUUAAGGACUUCCUUGAGAACUUGAAUCCAGAUGAGACACUACACCACUUCUUCUGUAAGUUCUGGAAAUUUGCAUUCCAUGCAUGUGAAAAAUGUGAAGGAGAAGAGAAACUGGAGAGACUCCCUGCAUAUUUAUUUGAGACGGACAUGCCUAGCGAGAGCUACACUAUCUACAACACUGUUUAUGCUAUAGCACAUGCUUUACAUGCCAUGUGCUUAUCUAGGCAAAGACCCUUCUAUGGUAAAAGUCAAUGCAAACAUUGGAAUGUCCAGUCAUGGCAGCUCCAAAGUUUCCUGAGAAACAUCAAGUUUAACAAUAGCUCUGGUCAUGAGAUCUCAUUGGACUAUCGGGAAUUCUUUGCUAGCUUAGAACUCAUCAACUGGAUCACUUUCCCCAAUCAAACAUAUUCUAAAAUCAGAGUGGGAAAGGUUUCCCCAGGGCAAGAAUUCACUAUCUCUGAAAAUGCCAUUCACUGGAAUACCAGAUUUAAGCAGGUACCUCCCCAUUCAUUCUGUGUUGAAAGUUGCCACAUUGGACAAAGCAAAAUACUUCAGGAAGAAAAACCAGUAUGUUGCUAUGAUUGUAUUCCAUGUUCAAAAGACAUGAUUUCUAACCAGACAGGUAAAUGUUGUGUUCCAUGCUCCCAUGAUCAAUAUCCAAACAGCAAUCGAGAUCAAUGUAUCCCAAAGAUUUUAACUUUCCUUUCUUAUCAUGAACCGAUUGGGGCUGCUUUGGUUUCUUUUGCUAUAUCCUUUGCCUUUAUCACUGGCUUGGUAAUAUUAGUUUUUAUAAAGAACUGGAACACACCCAUUGUCAGAGCUAACAAUCAGAAUCUCACCUGCGUUCUUCUUAUCUCCUUACUUUUGUGUUAUCUUUGUCCCCUGCUUUUUAUUGGCAGACCUAGUAAAGUGUCCUGCCUCCUUCAGAUAACAGCUUUUGGCAUAUUUUUUUCCAUUGCAGUUUCUUGUGUUUUGGCAAAAACAAUCAUUGUUAUCCUGGCUUAUAUGGCUACAAAACCAGGAAACAGGAUUGCAAAAUGGUUAGGGCAAAAAGUGGCAAAUGCCAUUGUUAUUUUUUGCUCCCUGAUUGAAGUAGCAAUUUGUACAGCUAGGUUGCUGACCUCACCUCCAUUUCCAGAUGUUAACGUGGACUCACCAAAUGGGCAAAUCGAAUUACAAUGCAGUGAAGGCUCCAUCAACAUGUUCUAUUGUGUUCUGGGCUACAUGGGCUUUUUGGCCAUCAUCAGCUUUAUUGUAGCUUUCCUAGCCCGAAAAUUGCCAGACACUUUCAAUGAAGCCAAGUUUAUAACUUUUAGCAUGCUGGUCUUUUGCACUGUUUGGAUCUCCUUUAUUCCAGUUUAUCUGAGCAUCACAGGGAAGAAAAUUGUGGCCAUUGAAGUUUUUGCUAUCUUGGCCUCCAAUACCAGCCUCUUGACUUGCAUCUUUUCCCCAAAAUGUUACAUCAUUAUUUUCAGGCCUGAUCUCAAUACCAGAAAGGUGUUCACUGGAAAAAGGAUCAAUUAA